AUGAGGUCCCUCUUCAGUCUCGCUGCCGCCCUCGCGGCCCCCCUCCUCCUGUCCCUCCCCUUGGCCCCCUGCUCCCACGCAAUCCGCAUCGUCCAGUCCAACGAUGACGGCUGGGCCGAGCUCCACCUCCGCACCCUCAACGACGUCCUCCGCGCCGCCAACCACACCGUCCUCCUCUCCGCCCCCGCCGACAACAAGUCCGGCUCCGGCUCCACCGACGACGAGCCCGACGCCCGCACCGAGCCCUGCCACUACGACAGCUGCCCUGCCGAUGCCGGCCUCAGCGGUGCAAACGCCACUCGCCCGGACCUCCGCUGGGUCAACUCGUACCCCGUCACCUCCAUGCGCUACGCCAUCGACUCGUACGCGCGCGAGCUUUGGGGCCCCGGCGAAACCCAGCCCGAGCUCGCCCUGUCCGGGCCCAACGCCGGCGCCAAUGUGUGGUUCGUCGUCAAGGGUUCCGGGACUGUCGGUGCCGCCGUCCACGCCGUCCACUCCGGCAUCCCCGCCAUCGCUUUCUCCGUUGACUCGUUCGCCACCGCCCCCUGGAACGUCGACCCCAAAUCCAGCCCCAUGCCGGCCCGGAGCCAAGUCUACGCCCAGCUGGCCCUCAAACUGACGGAAAAGCUCAUCGCCUCUGGCAAGCCCUAUCUCCCCGACGGCGUCUUUCUCAACGUCAACAUCCAAAAAGCGGCGAAGGGCGACUCCGCACAUUGCUGUGAAUGCCGUUUCACAGCCGACAUCUGGCUGACGCUCGAGCGUGUCAGGAUCAGAAAAAUGUGCACACCGGUCUUUGUGGUUGCAGCUUUUUGUAAAUAUUUCCAUGUCGUCUUCUUGUACCAGCUUGUCACUUGGUGA